AUGAAUUCCCUGUGCCGAGUGAAUGUUCUGCCUCGUAUCAACCUGGUGAGCAGAGUAGCGAUUGCUCAACGAUGUGCCCCAGUCGCUGUUUCUUCUAUUCAGCAGACCAAUGCUAUUCAUACUACUGGAAUUCGACGAGACAUUGAUUCUGCUGCAAAAUAUAUCGGAGCAGGAGCUAGUGCAGCAGGUGUUGCUGGAUCCGGAGCUGGAAUCGGAAGCAUUUUUGGAUCAAUGUUGAUUGCUUACGCCCGUAACCCAUCAAUGAAGCAACAGCUAUUCUCGUUCGCCAUUCUGGGAUUUGCACUUUCAGAGGCAAUGGGUUUGUUCUGUCUGCUGGUUGCCUUCUUGAUUCUGUUUGCACUGUAA